CACGCACUGACAUUCCUACCCCACUCGCGCACGACCUGACCUGACUCCGCGCGCUCGCUGUCUCCCUUUCGUCGACUCACAACCCCUUUCGCCUUCUCAAGCGCUUCUGCCGACUGGCCAACAUCACGCUGCAUCUUUGCGCAGAGACUGACUGCAGAAAGAGAUGCAUCCGCAGCUGGCACUGGCGCUCAACCAGGCGGGUGAGCUUGGCAAGCAGAUUCAGCACGUCGAUUGGGUCUCGGUCGUCGGCGUCGCACUUGAUGACUGGCCCGACCCUCUCGCCUUGAACGUGGCGCUGCUGCUGUCGACGCCAUUGCCAAUGUUGCUUUAUCUGGGUCCGCGGCGCGUCGUGCUCUUCAACGAGGCAGCGUGCCCGGUGCUCGAGCUCCGAGAGAACAUCCAAGGCCUUCCCAUGCGCCAGGUUUGGGAGCCCUCCACCGAGUACGAGCGCCUCACCAUGCUCGGCAAGCAGGUGCUCAAGGACGGAGGCACCUUCUUUUGCAACGACGUGCUCAUCCCGCGGCUGCAUCGGGGCACGCGGCCGAUCGAAGCCUACUUUCGGUUUUCGUGUUCCGCGGUCACGAUUCCUGUGAGCUCGCUCGACGACAUUGCGCAAAACCCGCUCGUCAUUUCGCCGCUCUCGUCACCCGAAUUUAUUCUUGCUGCCGAAAAUGUCGGCACUGGCAAGAAGUUUGAUCGCGACAAAUGGAUGGAGCAGGUCGGAGGCGUCAUUGCAGCACCCCAAUCGCCCCCGCACAGUCCCAAUCCGUUGUUGCAGCCACGGCCGCUGGUCCAGCCGCAAUUCAUUCAACCUACGGAAACAGCUGCCGCAGUCGAUGGCACUGCCUCAUCCUCCUCAUCCUGCUCAUCCUCGGACGGAUCGAUGGGAUCGGCAACUGCAACGAGUGCCAACAAAUCAUCCAACAUUGUCAUGGAAGAGCGCGGAGUCGGCUAUGUAGAGGUCGUCCGUGCUGCCAAUCGGCGACCCCUGCUUGGCUCGCCCAAGUCAUCAGGCAAGGACAGCGCGACCAAGCCAGAUCCUGUGCAGGAAAUGUACGAGGAAGCUUGUUGGAAUGUGCCCCACCAUGCAGGCCUUGUGGGCUUUAUGAUGUGCUUUGCCGACACGACGCGUGAGAUUGUCGGCGAGCGGCGUCUGACAACCCUGACUGGCCUUUCAAGUGCCCUGGUGACUGCGGCGACCCCUCAAAGUGUGCUUCAAAUUGCUCUCGAUCAUUUGCAGCGCGACACGGCCCUCCGCGACGUUCACUUUUGCACCGCCUACGCCGUGCAACAGGAGCCUCCGUCAGUGGCAGUGCACUCGGACGUGCGGGCGCCCGGAGUUGUUGUUGCCAAGCGCGUCUCAGACCGUGCUCCGCCCGAAGACCCACACACUGCUCCGCUGCACCUGCCUGCUUGGAUUCGUUUCCGUCACGACCAUCAGCGAGACGACGCAGUCACACCAACGCCGGACACAGAGUUGAGCAAGGCCAUCGAAGCGGCCUUUCUCACCGGCGAGCGUCAGAUCAGCAUUCUGCCACACGCCUCGGGCAUUGAUCGCAUUUUGCUCAUCCUUCCAUUGGUGAGCAAGCCAGCCCUGUUGCCCAUUGUUCAGCAAAUGCAGAUGGACGAGACACGAAAUCGAAUGGCCUCCGGGUCUUCAGCACUCAACUCGGUGAGCGAGGAUGGCGUGUCCAACCCCAGCUCACCCGAGCGCAAAGCAAGCGACCCGGAUGCCGCCACCUGCUGGCAGAAAAGUGCCAGGUUGUCCCAGCCAGACUUUUCCGCAGUCAACGUCGACACCCGCGCCACCCAUCACGCGCUAUGCGUUGCGGCCAGCGUGUCGGAAGACAAGGAGCGUCUUGAAAAGCUCGUAGCCGUCAACCAACUCAAGGCAGACUUUCUGUGCAACGUGUCUCACGAGCUGCAGACUCCCCUGCAGCUCAUCUUGGGCCCCUUGACGGAUGUUUUGGCAGAAGACGAUGCGGCAGUUGCAGCUCCUCCUAGCGUUGCUGCAUCCUCUUCCAGCGUUGCUGCAACCGGCCCGGUCUUGACACCCAAGGUGCGCGGUGUCCUCGAUUCCGUCCACCGCAAUGCCAAACGCCUGCACCGGCUCGUGGCCACCUUGCUCGAUUUCUCGCGAAUGAAGCUGGGCCACCAGUCCAAGCCGCUGGAACUCGACAUUGCUGCGCUCACGCAGAGCCUUGCCUCGCGAUUCGAAAGCACCGCUCAAAAGCUUUCGGUCGGGCUGGCGGUUGACACUCCCCCGACGCCUCUCAUGGUCACCAUUGACGCAAGCUACUGGGAGAAGGUGCUGCUCAAUCUCUUGAGCAACGCGUUCAAGUUCACUUCCACGGGCAAGGUCACAAUCGGUGUUCGUCCAAACAAGGCAAACGACGGUGUUGUUGCAACUGUUCGCGACACUGGCAUUGGCAUUCCGUCAGAGUACCUUCCGCAAAUCUUUGAGCGCUUCUUUUCUUUUCGCGACGCGCGUGCCAGGAGCACAGAGGGUUCGGGCAUUGGUCUGGCGCUCGUCAAAGAGUUGCUCUUUGCCAUGGGAGGCACAAUCUCUGUCGAGAGCGCUGUCGGCUUUGGCACCUGCUUCACCGUCGAGCUCCCUCAGCAUCCACCCACAGCCCCGUCGGUGUCACGGCCAGCCGAAGCGCCCAACACACAGUCCGACUCUGAGCAAGAUGGUUUGCAGCAAAUGUCAUCAAGCACGGAUUCUUUGCUGCUGUUUCCGCCAGACUUGGACAGCAGCUUUGACGCUGCGGCAGCCACCGACGCUCGGGCUGACAAACAACGCGAGAAUCCCACCACGACCUCCUCUGCAACGGAAAUGCCAAAAUCCUUGUUCUCGGCCGCGGUGGUCGCGGAUACAAAGUUGCAUGCUCCCAAACAUCAGCGUGCCGACCAUUCGCUCAGCUCCAAGUUUGACGAGCGCAAGGCAAGCUCCAAGUUUCUGUCAGACCACUCGCCGCACGACGAGCCCUUUCAGCAGUCCGAGUCUCCAGCAUCGACCUCGUCGCAGCUGGUGGCCGAUUCGGACUCUGGUGGUACUGGCAUCGCACCGUCAGAAUCCACCAGCUCGACCGGUUCGAUCAGCUCAGGUCGUCCUCGCGUGUUGGUUGUGGAUGAGAAUGCAGACAUGCGGCUCUACCUGCAGCGGCUUCUCGAACCUGCCUUUGAGGUCAAGUUGGAAUCGACCCACGAUGGCGCGCUCAACUGCAGCAGCAUGUGCGCUCCAGAUUUGAUCAUUGCCGACGCCAAACUGAUGAGCCCCGGAGGGCGGAGCAUCAUACGUGAGUUGCGCAGCAAACGAACGCACCACAUCCCCAUCCUGCUCCUUUCGCCGCUCGUAAACGAAGACGCUGCCACUGCGACGCUCGAGGCCGGCGCGGACGACUUUUUGAGCAAGCCCUUUAGCAGCCGUGAGCUGUUGGCCCGCGUCGCCAUUCAUGCGCGCCUCAGUCGCUUGCGGCAAGUGACUGCUCAGCUGACCAAGAGGCGCGCGCGCCGCGACCGCGCGUUGCUGGACAUUUCGCGGACUGUCUCGGCCGCGUUUCAAAAUCACCACGAGGCACUGAGCUUUGCCGCUCGAAAGAUCCGAGAGAUUGUCGGCUGUGAUCGUGUGCUACUUGGGUCGUUCACCGAAAACCUGAAUCAGCGGCGUACGGGUUCGCGCGGCUUGGCGUCGCUCGAGCCGUCCUCCACCUACGUGGACUCUGAUGGCUCUUCUGUCAGUACCAUUGGUUCGUCGUUUUCGAGUUCCAUUGCCGUUGCUCCAAUCGAAUCCGGCAGCGGAUCGGACUUUCACUUGCGCCGGCAUCGGUCGGUCGAGCCAUCGCGUGAAGGGCUUGUCGGCCACGCGUCAGCUCCAGCCACGAUACCUGUCGCACCCGACGACAGCCUCACGAUUCCCGAACGAAACUUGAAGCGCCAUUCGUCGCCGUCUCUCCCGAGAAUCUUUUUGCAACCCAACAAGACCAAACGCCUGGGUCACUUGACGCAUCCAACCAUUCAGCAUUUGCAGCAGGAGACGGCCCGCUUGACAUCCGAUCCUGGGCUCUUGACAUCAUCGUCAUCGUCAGCAACGACCGCAACCGUCACGCCCUUCCACACUGCCGAGACGAGAACGAUGAAAAUUGUGGCCGAAUGCAUGGCCGAAGGCCCAGUGCGCUUGUCUGCCGUGCCUCUUUUGGACCGUAGCAUCAACAUCAACCACCUUCGCCUGCACGAUGAAUUCUUGCACACCGUAUCGGUCAACUGUGAGGAAGACGAGGCCAUUGCCCGGUUUGCCGACACGUUCGGCCUGGGUUCAUCCACCCUCAGUCGAGACGCCAGGUUUAUUCUGUGCGACGAGUCGCCAUCUUCUGCUGGUGCUGAGAACACCCGCGAGGAAUCAGACCGUUCUUCGUCGUCUACACCGUCCCUCAACGCUGCGCUUGCCGAGCUCGGAGCAGCCAGCACCGACUCGGUCAACGAGCAGGGCUCGUCCUCCUCGUUCUCAUCCUUCUCGCCAGAGCUGCAGUCUGGCUGCAGCAUGACCUUCCCUAUCGUUGUGCGCGGACAACCGUGGGGUCUGCUCGCGUGUCUGUGCUUCCAUCCGCGAAGCGGCGUCACUUGUCCAGGUGGCUGCGGCUGGGCACUCGACGACGUUGACUUUGCUCGCCAAGUGGCCACUCAGGUGGGUAUUGCCAUUGCCAAGGCACAAGACGAGGAAGAGCGUAUCUCACGUGCCGAAGCCGUACGUACCGCCGAGGCGUCGAGCCGCGCCAAGAGUGUCUUUCUUGCAAGCGUUUCGCACGAGAUUCGCACACCAGCGACGAGCAUUGUCGGUCUGGCCGAGCUUCUCUUGUUGUCUGAGCUCAAUUCCGAACAACGCGAGAUUCUCUCCACCUUGCACCGCGCCAGCGAAGUGCUGUCUGUCAUCAUUGAGGACAUUCUGGACAUUUCGCGGAUUGAGGCCGGCAAGCUGACACUGAGCAAUUCUUGGACGAACGCCUACGAUCUGGUCGACAAUGUGCUCAAGUUCUUUAGCGAAAAGGCACAAAGCAAGAACAUUACCCUGAUUGCUGAUUCGUCGCCCUACCUCCCGCCAGCCGUCAUGUGCGACCCUGACCGUCUUCGGCAAGUGCUGCUCAACAUUGUGGGCAAUGCCAUCAAGUUCACCGAGACGGGCGAAGUUGUGGUCAAGGUUUGGCUUGUUGCCGACAAGCAGGCUGUCGAGCGGGAUGACGAAUCGUCCAACGCCGGGCCUCCUCCUGGGCCGACGAGCGACGGCACUUCGCCGCGAGCGCCUCGCAAGUCCAGCUUUCGCCUCCUUGGUCACAAUGACAGUGAAAUCUCUCGAAGCCAGGCCCAGCAGCACAAGCUCUUCUUCAAGGUGGCCGACACUGGCAUCGGCAUGGAAAAGAGUGCCAUCCAGCGAAUCUUUGAUGCCUUUUCGCAACUCGACACGUCCGUCAGCCGCAGGCACGACGGCCUUGGUCUCGGGCUGGCCAUCUCCAAGCAGCUGGUCGAGUUGGCCGGGGGAGCGCUGUCGGUCUCCUCGCAGCUUGGCAUUGGCUCGACAUUUACCUUCACCUGGCCCGUGCAGCAGAUUGACUACAAUCCGGCACCCAUCUCGCCAGACAAAGCCAAGCCGCGGCAAGGCUCUCUCAUCACCGUUUCAUCGAACAGCUUGACCCAUCCCGGCGAGUUUACCACCCUCACGACCCCUACUGCUGAGGACCUGACCACAACCGAGCUGCCCUCGACUCUUCCGUCGGCGUCAUCGUCAUCCGCGUCAUUGCCACCGGUAGACGACAGCCGCCUUGCACCCCGUGACUCUGAGAGCGGGGUGCAGUCCGGGUCGUCGUCCGAUGAUGAUACCCUCAAGCGGCUGCAUCUGGUGUCUGAUGCCGACAUGCUUGCGCCAGAUCCAAUCUCCGUUCGAAUUGUGCUCUUGCACCCCCAUGCCAAGGCACGCCGAGCGUUGGCGCGGAAUUUGGGCAUGCUGCGCGGCGUGAAUGUAGUGUCUUGCUCGACGAUUGCGGAGGCUGUUCUGGCCCUCGACCAGGCGUCUUGUUUGGACGAUGCGGCGAUCGUGGCCAUCCUGCACUCAGAGUUGAUGACUCCGACAAGCACGGCGGGUCGAGUUCUCAGCGCAGCCGCGAGUAUUCUUGCCCCAGCCAUCGAUGGCCAAGUCCCCGCUCUUCCUCCUGCCUCCCCGUCGCAAGAUCAAAUCCGGCUCCAAGAAGCAGUGUCCGACCCCAACUUGGUGCAAGCUGUUCUCGUGUUGACCGUGUUUGGCAACUCGCAGAUGCUCGGCCGGGCCUCUGCGCUGCGCCGCGACGCGCAGGUCGUGCUGGAGCCUGUGCAUUGGCCCACCCUGCGCCAACACAUUUCCAAGGCCUUCGAGCGUCGCGAAAACCGAACCUCGCCUUCUCCAGCAGCGUCUGUCAACACCUCUACCAUGUCGUUGACUGCAGUGCGCUCGACAAAUUCCCCUGCGCCCGACGUACCGAUGCAGUUCUUGCCGCUUCGUCUGCGCCAAGACCUCCUGUCGUCGUCGUCCUCCCCGACAGUCUCCACCACAGCCUUGAAGAAGGUGGAGGCAGAUCUGGACGCAGUGGCACCGUUGCCAACACGCAUUGUGGGCCCUGUUUCACCACUGCACCUUGACAACUCGGCGCGCACUUCCGCAUCGGCCAACCAUGACCUCUCUGCAACAACCCGGAUGCUGCAAAGAAGGACCUCGUCCGAGCACCAUCUCGGCGAUGUUGGUGAACUUGAGGUGGAGUUGACUCCACCCCACGGCGGAUCCUCCAGAACGUCCUUGCCAUCAGUGGUAACAACGCCACUUCCUUCCCAUUUCGAGCACUCGCCGCUUCAAACAAAGUCAAGUCCGGCUGAUGGCACGAGUGCACCAGCUGAGGAGGAUGGAGUUGGCUUCCGCCCAUACGUUCUGCUGGUGGAAGACAACGUGACGAAUCAACGCGUCUUCCAAAAGCAGCUUGAAAAGCUGGGAUGCUCCGUCGUGAUUGCCAGUAACGGCUUGCAAGCGCUGAUUGUGCUCAAACAGGGCCCCGUGGUCCCCGGCACCAGUGCGACCGAUACUGUGGUCACCGCUGACCAAACCGGUGCAGCCCGUCGCCCAUUCGACAUGAUCUUCAUGGAUUGCAACAUGCCUGUGCUUGACGGGUUUUCCGCCACCAAAAUCAUCCGCGAAGUCUUCAAUCCGCCCACAAGCGAAAUUCCCAUCAUUGCGCUCACGGCCAAUGCCAUGCUGACCGAUCGUGCCGAGUGCCUUGCUGCUGGCAUGACAGACUUUCUGGCCAAGCCCACUCGGCUUUCCGAUUUCAAGCACACCAUUGAACGACACUGUCCUCUGCCGCCCUCCGCAUCCGGACUGGACAAGUCGUCCAUUCGGCUCCCCACACCAGGAACUCAGACUGAGCCCCAGCGUGCGCGCAACUAAGACUGGUUCAGUGUUUUUGUUUUGUGCUUUCGCUAGCACGUUGUAUCAUUUUUGCAUCUUUUGUCUUCCUUUCGUUUCAAGUUGGAAGCGUUUUGCUUUACUUCUUUGGCGUUGUCAAUAUUAGAUCAGUUUUGCAUUUGCUGUGUUGUCUCUUCAGUUCCACGCUGCUGUUCUGAUUCGAGUGCAUCUGCUCAAAGUAGUUGAAAAAAACAAAAGCACAAAAUUAUCGAGUGUAUGACCAUAAUACAAAGACAUAGAAACGCAAAA